AUGGCUACUGCCGGUGUUCCACAACGUAAAAUGACGUACUUCCAAGUGGGAGGCCCCGACGCAGAUGCGAACGUGCAAGUGCGGGUGCCAAAUGUGAUCGCUCUUGUCGGCCUACCAGCACGGGGUAAAACCUACAUUUCACACAAAUUGUGCCGAUAUCUGAAUUGGAUCGGGAUCAAAACUAGAGCCUUUAAUGUCGGCGAGUAUCGACGAAAAGCAUGCGAUCUUGAAAAGGAAGGCGAUUUCGAGUUCUUCAGCCCAUAUAAUAUUAAAGGGAACAGAAUAAGGGAGGAAUGUGCUCGAUUGGCCAUCGAAGACAUGGGACAAUAUCUAUCGUCAAAAGAAGGCGAAGUGGCUAUACUUGACGCUACGAAUACCACCCGAGCACGGCGACGAAUGGUUGCUGAAUUUUGCGCCAACAGGCGUACCCUAGUUGAUCCCCCUUUCCGGGUGUUCUUCGUUGAAAGCAUAUGUGACGAUCCCCAUAUUAUCAACUCCAAUAUCACUGAAGUGAAAAUCAACUCACCUGACUACAAAGGCAUCAUGUCUCAUGAAGAAGCAAAGCAAGAUUUUUUGAAACGAAUAGAAAACUACAAACUGCAAUACGAACCUCUGGAUGAAGAAGAAGACGAGGAUCUGUCCUUCAUCAAGGUCAUCAACGCUGGCAAAUCUUUUUACGUCCACAACGUUAACGGACAUGUACAAAGUCGUGUGGUUUACUUUUUAAUGAAUAUCCAUUUACUACCUCGAAGCAUCUACCUCACACGGCCCAGAGCACUAUUCAAGAGUGUUACGGUAGUAUACUGUAGCGGCGCAAAAGGUCCACAUCGUGAAAGGAUUAAGAAUUUGCGAACAAACGGCAGGAUUUCAUUCCAGCACGGCGAAAGCGAGUAUAACCAACUUGGACGACUUGGUGGUGACAGUCCACUGAGUGAAAAUGGUUUAAAAUAUGCGGAAAAAUUGAAAGACUACUUUGAAAGUGAAGACAUCUCUGAUCUCCGAGUAUGGUCAUCGCAGCGAAUUCGUGCCGCUCAAACAGCUGCUUCUCUGAAGAAACAAGCAACUGCUACUGAGUACUGGAAAGUGUUGGAUGAAAUUGACGCGGGUAUAUGCGAAGGCCUUACAUAUGAAGAUUUCCAAGCUCGAUACCCUAAACAGUUUGCGGAACGUGAUAAGGACAAGUACCAUUAUCGUUAUCCAAGCGGAGAGAGUUACGAAGACCUGGUAACCCGUUUGGAGCCAGUCAUCAUGGAACUUGAACGGCAGUCUAACAUACUUGUCAUAUCCCAUCAGGCAGUAUUGAGAUGUAUCCUAGCCUACUUCACCAAUAAAAACACAGAAGAAUUGCCAUAUUUGCGAGUUCCACUACAUACAGUAAUCAAGCUAACCCCGAAAGCCUACUCUUGUGAAGUGGAGAUGUUUAAAUUCGACGUGAAAGCAGUGAAUACGUAUCGGGAAAAGAAUCAGCCUUGUGAUCAUUCAAUUUCGGCGCCCGACGGGAUUAGUUCCGAAAAUGCGAAAGAGCAGUCCGAUGGUAGUGCACCAAAAGCAGUGCAGACGUCCUGUCGAGAACAGAAUUCGUUGACAGAAAGCAAUCACUUGCCAUCAGUUGCUGUAGAACAUUGACGGUUCAACGUUCAUGUUCGAACAAA